CUUCUCCCUCCUUCUCUCGCCAUCGUCUCCUACUAGAUCUCGCAGAAGAGCCGGGCUUCACCAUGGAGAAGAUUACCGAUAAGAUCGCGGCUUUGCCGCCCGAUGCGAAUUACUUUUCGCUGGAGUUUUUCCCUCCCAAGACCAAGAUGGGUUUCGCCAACCUUCAAGCCCGUCUGGAGCGUAUGGCCCAGGCCCUUCGUCCCUUGUUCGUCACCGUCACCUGGGGCGCUGGAGGAAGUACCGCGCAAAGGUCCCUGGAACUGGCCGAGAUCUGUCAGCGCCAACUGCAGUUGACCACAUGCUUACACUUGACUUGCACGAACAUGAGCCGCGCCCUGGUGGACCAGGCGCUGGAGGAAGCCAAGGUCCUGGGCAUCAGGAACAUCCUCGCCCUCCGUGGCGACCCGCCCCGCAGCGAGGAAUACAACAUGCACGGCGAGGACGACAGCAACAAGGACUUUACCUUUGCGGUGGACUUAGUGCGCUACAUCCGCAAGCAUCACGGCGACUACUUCUGUAUCGGUGUGGCUGCCUACCCCGAGGGGCAUCCGGCAGACAACUUCCAGGACAGCCAGGACCCCGCCAGGGACGUGCCAUACCUGGUCGAGAAGACCCAGGCGGGCGCCGACUUCAUCAUGACUCAGUUGACCUACGACAUUGACGCCUACACCAAGUUCGAGAACAUGCUACGAAACCACGAAUCCGGCGCCUUCAAGACCAUCCCCAUCAUCCCCGGCUUGAUGCCCCUCCACAGCUACAAGAUCCUCACGCGCGUGACGAAGCUCAGCCAUGUCAAAAUCCCCCCGCACAUCCUGUCCAAGUUGGAAGAGAUCAAGCACGACGACGACGCGGUCAAGCGCGCCGGUGUCGACAUCGUCUGCGACCUGGUCGACGGCAUCCGCAGCAUCCCCAGCCCAGGCCUGCGUGGUUUCCACUUCUACACGCUCAACCUCGAGAAGACGGUGUCGUUCCUGCUCGAGCGCUGCGACCUCAUCGGUCCGUACACGGAAUAUGACGAACCCAUCGAAGACUCCGCGGCAUACUCGGCCGCCCGCCUCGAGACCCCGGCGCUCGCGCUCGCCAGCCGUCGCUCCUCGGUCAGCUCAAUGCCCCACAACCGCGUCAUUGUCGACAAGUUGCAGCCGUCGGAUGUAUCCUCGCGAGAAUCUGUCAGCCACGAAGCCACCGCGCUCAGCGCCGGACUGCCCGCCAUGCCCCCGGACCGCAGCACGACGCUGCAGAUCUCGGAGGGGCUCGGCGCCCUCGGACGAGAAGCGACGUGGGACGACUUCCCCAACGGACGAUGGGGUGAUGCGCGCUCGCCCGCCUUCGGCGAGAUCGACGGGUACGGGCCCUCCCUGCACAUCCCGCCGGCCGUGGCCCACAAAGUCUGGGGGUACCCGGUCACGCGCGACGACAUCAGCGCGCUCUUCCGGCGCCACGUGUCCGGCGAGCUGUACAUCGUGCCGUGGAGCGAAGGCGGGGCCGAGGAGGGGUCCGGCACGACGCUCAACGCCGAGACGGAGAUCAUCCGGCCGGAACUCCUGCAGCUGAUCGACAAGCGCGGGUGGUGGACCCUGGCCUCGCAACCGGCCAUCAACGGCGUGCGCAGCGACGACCCGAUCUUCGGCUGGGGUCCGCCCGGGGAAGGGUUCGUGUUCCAAAAACCGUUCGUCGAGUUCUUCUGCCCCAGCGCGGACUACCACACCAUCCUCAAGCCGCUGCUCGAGCGCCACGGCCACGAGAAACUGGCCUGGUUCGCCACCAACGUCCGCGGCGACUUCGAGUCCUCCCUGCCCGGCUCCAACGCUGAGGACCCCGACCCCAUCGACAUUAACCCGGCCAACGUCAACGCCGUCACCUGGGGCGUGUUUAGAGGAAAGGAGAUCGUCACCCCCACCAUCAUCGAGGAGGUCAGCUUCCGCGCCUGGGGCGACGAGGCCUACCGCAUCUGGGACGAGUGGCGCCGCAUCUACCCCAAGAACUCGGCCACCGAGCGCUUCCUCGACGCCACCAAGAACGACGUCUGGUUGGUCUGCGUCGUGGGGCAGGAGUUCGGCGCCGGGACCGAGGUCGGCUCCAAGGAAGAGGAGGAGGAGACCAAGUGGAUGUGGAGGGAGCUGGCGGGCUGGUAGGUGGUCGAUGCGGUUGGCUGUGACCUACCCAGGAAGGGGGGUCAUUCUGUAUCUGAACACUAAACAUAAGGGUUCUUUUCUCGCCCUUAUUUUUCGGGACUGUGUAUUGAGAUGAGAACAUAUAAUCUUUGUGUGAGUUAUACAGAAAAGAGGUCAUGUUCGAUGAGUC